AUGAAGGGGCUUUGGAGAUCAUCGAUGCGACGGAGUCGGAUUCCCAAUUUGAUGGCGAUGAAAUUUUCGAACUUCACUGUUGUUUUUACUCCCACCCAUACUGUCCAACAAUUACCUGGUAUAAAGACGGCGUGGAGAUUAAAGAUGAUCACCUUACAAUACGCAAAAUAAGACAGGGACUGACACUCAAAGUUUUUGCCAAAUUAGAUGCUGGAGGAAAUUACACAUGUAAUGCGACCACGCCUUAUGGGGAAGUCAAAAGCAACACUAUCAGAAAUGUCCAAGUUAUCA